AUGGAAAAUUCAGGUUUAAUUGAUCAAAUAGAUCUCAAUCAGAGUAUUGAACCAUAUAGUAUAGACAACCUAUAUCACUCGACGACGACGAACAACAUUGAAGCAAUCGACGACGAAAAUCAUCACAAUUCAAUCCAAAAUGUGCAUCAAGAUUCACUGAUAAUAGAUCUCAAUAAUACACCAACUGUUGAAGGUAAUGUGGUUCUGUUUCAUGAUGAGAUAGAAAAUCAAUUUGGCGAGCAAUAUCCUACUUCAUUUGUUUCAAGUAAUGAAUCUAAUUCAGCUGUCAUUCCAGGUUCAAUUGGCCAAUCACUGAAUAAACAUGAAAUUGGAGGAGUUUUACUUGGUCAAGUAAGAUCAACAUUGGAUGAUAUACAUGAGCUAUAUUGUCAGCAUGCUGCUAUAGUAGGAUUCGGUGUUAGAAAAUCCAAAAACAGAAAAAAAGAAUGGACAUCAGUUGUGCAUCAAAAGUACUAUGUCUGCUCUGCUCAAGGGAAAAGAAAUACCAAAAUCAAAGAAAAACAGGUAGAGAAUAAUACAGAUAUAGUAAUACAAGACAGUAAAUCAAAGAAACAAAGGACACGAAGAGUUAUGAUCAGAAGAACUGAAUGUCCUGCACUGAUUAGAGCAAGGAUGAACACUGAAGGACAUUAUGAAAUUGUGCAGCAUGUUAUAAAACACAAUCAUCCACUUACUAGAGAACCAUUAAAUUACCUUCAUAGAUCUGAGCGUCAGAUGAGUGAUCCAAAGAAACAAACCAUACAAGCUAUGCAAGAGUGUGGGCUGAGGCCGAUAGAUUCAUUCCGAUGUAUGAGUACAGAAGCAGGUGGUGAAGAUGUAUUGGGUCAUUCCAUGAAGGACCACUUCAACUGCUGUUAUAAACUCAAAAUAAAACCAAUUGAGGGAAAGGAUUCACAAAAAGUUGUUGAUAACCUUUAUGAGCAGAUGCAAACAGAUAGUAACUUCUUCUUUAGAGUAAGAUUGAAUGAUGAAGGAAAGGUUUGCUGCUUGUUUUGGAGAGACUCUAUGAUGCUUGAGGACUAUACAAUCUUUGGAGAUGUUAUGGUUUUUGAUACUACAUAUAGGACAAACAAGUAUAAUCUUAUUUGUGCACCAUUUGUAGGAAUUAAUAACCAUAUGAAAAACACAAUGUUUGCAUGUGCAUUUCUUGCAGAUGAGACAAUACCAUCAUUUGAAUGGCUUUUUGAAACAUUCAAGAAGUCAAUGAAAGGUAAAUGUCCAAUAACUAUAUUCAGCGACCAAGAUGCUGCAAUUGCAGGAGCAAUAAAAAAGGCUUUCCCAACAUCAAGACACAUGCUAUGUUUAUGGCAUUUGAGUCAAAAUGCAAAUCAACAAUUUGGAUUGAUGAAAGCUGAUAAGGAAUUCAAGAACAUUUUUCACAAGUGUCUCAGUGGUUGCAUUACAACAGCAGAAUUUGAACAAACUUGGACCACAAUGACAACAAAAUACAAACUAGAAGAUGAUCGAUGGUUCAAAAGAUUGUAUAGUUUGAAAGAAAAAUGGUGUACAGCAUUUAGCAAAGACUUCUUCUCUGCUGGAAUACUAUCUUCACAGAGAAGUGAAAGCGCAAACCAUGCUAUUGGGUUUAAGGCAAGCAAAACCACUAGCUUAAGUGACUUCUUUUCAAUAUUCCAACAGACAGUAAUAAGGUGGAGAAGACAGGAAGAAAGGGAUGAUUUUGACUGUACAAAAGGAAUACCAAAAUCAGAUCUCUGCAUGAGUCCACUAUUAAAACAUGAUGCUUUAGUGUACACACAUACUCUUUUCAGAGAUUUUGAGGAUGAAUUCAAACAUGCAAUGGCAAGUGCAAUUGAACUAGUUGGUACACAAGGGAACACUCUGACAUACAGAGUUUUCCUCAAUGGCAUUGAUGGUUCUUCUCAACAAGUUUCAUUCAAUUACCCAGAGAUGACAAUUGAGUGUGGAUGCAAAAAAUUUCAAGAAUCAGAACCAGCUAGAGCAGUGAUAGAGGAAAGUUUCAAGAAAACAAAUUCAAGAGUUGAAGAAUUAAUAAAGAUAGAAGAAGCAAAAGCAUCAGCAGAAAAAGCUAAAGCUCAUGAGAAAGCAUUACAAGAAGCAACUGCAGCAUUACAAGCUAAUGAGAGUCAAGAAAACAACGCACAAGAAUCACCACCAAUACCAACAGUCUUGGAUCCGGAUAGAGCAGUCACAAAAGGAAGAGACAACAAGCGAAUAAAGGGACACUAUGAUUUAUACACAAGGAGUUUGGAAGUAUAA